ACACACACACACACACACACUGAGAGAGAGAGAGAGAGAGAGAGAGAGAGAGACACACACACACACACACCUCGGGUUACAGGCGCAGGGCGAGUGUAUAGCGCUCACACAAGCUGAAACUUCACUGGACGCAGAAGGCGGAAAAGAGGAAAAGAAGCUAAAAUAGAGAGAGAGAGAAAAUGAGCAGUCAGUUCGACGACGAUGCGCGCGACAGAAGCGAGUGUAAAAGCAAAUCCCCGACUGUCCUCUCCUCCUACUGCAUCGAGAGCAUUCUGGGCCGGAGGAGCCCCUGCAAGGUCCGACUGGUGGGCUCGCAAAGUUUAACAGCGCGACCGGAGCAUGAGCAGCCUUCUGAAGUUUCCAGUAAAGAGCUCUCCUUUGACUCGGACUUGCACCUUCCGCCCAAACUGCGCCGGCUCUACGGCCCCGGGGGAAAAUACCUGGACACCAGCAGGGUGUUUCAGGAGCACGGGGAGAAAGGCGAGCUCGGCUGCGAGGGCCUGAAGAUCAGCCAGGCGCCGCAGGUCAGCAUCAGCCGGAGCAAGUCGUACCGGGAGAACGCGCCGUUCAGCGGGCUGGAGGAGGCGCGCAGCAGCCCGGAGCUGGCCGAGCUCGGAGCGCUCAAGUUCGAGGAGGACGCGGUGAAGGAGGAAGAGGAGGAGGAAGAGGAGGAGGAGGCGUGCGGAGCCGAGCAUGGCCUGUCGCCCAAGGACGAGCCGAGUCCGCGCAACGACGCAGACGUGAAGGACGGAGAGGACAGCGUGUGUCUGUCUGCGGGCAGCGACUCGGAGGAGGGCAUGCUGAAGAGGAAGCAGAGGAGAUACAGGACCACGUUUACGAGCUACCAGCUGGAGGAGCUGGAGAGGGCUUUCCAGAAGACCCACUACCCAGACGUGUUCACCAGAGAGGAGCUCGCGAUGCGGCUGGACCUCACCGAGGCGCGCGUGCAGGUCUGGUUCCAGAACCGUAGAGCAAAAUGGAGAAAGAGGGAGAAGGCAGGAGUUCAGUCUCAUCCUCCAGGUCUGCCCUUCCCUGGUCCCCUAGCUGCAGCCCACCCCUUGAGUCACUAUCUAGAGGGAGGCCCGUUCCCUCCUCACCCACACCCGGCUCUGGAGUCAGCCUGGACCGCCGCCGCAGCCGCCGCUGCAUUUCCAGGACUGGCACCACCACAUAAUAGCUCCGCCCUUCCUCCUGCUACGCCCCUCGGCUUGGGCACCUUCCUGGGCACCGCCAUGUUCCGCCAUCCGGCCUUCAUCGGACCCACUUUUGGCAGACUUUUCUCCAGCAUGGGUCCCCUGACCAGCGCUUCCACGGCCGCUGCUCUCCUGCGCCAAGCCACGCCGCCGGUGGAAAGUCCGGUGCAGCCGCCCGCAGGCCUGUCGGACCCGCCCACCGCCUCGCCCUCUUCCUCCACCUCCACGGCUGCCGACCGCCGAGCCUCAAGCAUCGCCGCGCUACGUCUUAAAGCAAAAGAACACUCGGCUCAGCUCACUCAGCUGAACAUCCUGCCCACCAGCGCUACGGGGAAGGAGGUCUGCUGAAGCUGUGGCUCUGAAAAAUAAACCCCUUACUGAAAAAAAUAAUAAUAAUAAAGCAUGACCAAAUCCACAACAGCACACCGGCGAGCUAUCCGAGCCCUGGAGGCGUGAUGCACUGUUACAGCGCACAUCUUAUUGGACAUCCUCCAUCAGUGACCCGAACCCCAGUCUGCAAUGUAGCUACGCUGCCAAGCAACAGCCAGUGAAACUGUACUUAGGAAAUCCAAUCCAUUUAUGUUUUUUUUUUUUUUUUUUGGGUCAGGGAUGUGGUGACAGCAGUCACACACAAAACAGCAACAACUUCUCCUCUGCAAGAAGCAUCAGCUCCAGUGUGGGACCAGAGGAGGGGGUCAAUAUGCCAAAGGGAACUGCUAGAACCCUCCAAAUCGCACCAUCACCAAAUUCAUCGACUGAGAAACACGGAAAAAAAAAACAAAUAAACAACCUCCCGUCCUCUCCGUGAAGAUUACGCCUUCAUCCCUUGUGUUAAUUACGAUCUUUAGGGCGGAAAUUAACAACCAAUUUCUUCAAAAGGACAAUGAUGGAGUUCAGAUUGCUUGCUCAUUGAUCUGUUAAGAGUAGCCUAUUUGUACAUACACACACACACAUAUAUAUAUACAACACACACAUACACACACACUCAUACACACACACUAGCACUGUAAAGAUGAUGAGUUAAAUUGGGGAAAACCUUAAGCUUAAAAAAGGUGUACAUUUGAAAACAUUGAAAUUGAAAUUCACUUGAUGUAGUAUUGUAUGAAUGGUUCCUAGUAGAGCUCAACUUAUGUUCAUUUUAUGAAAUUUUAGGUUUGUAGAUGAUUAUUUAUGUCAAUCCUGUGGACUGUUCAGAUCCACAGCAGGACACACUGCUGUUCCACGAGAGACUCUUCUGGGUUUAUUUUUUUGUUUUGUUUUUUUUUUUGUUUUGUUUUUUUGGCAAACCCAAGCAGAAUAAAAAAAAGUAUGAAUAAAUCUGCUGAAUGAAUCUGAUGAAAUGGAAACCCCAACCAUUAUUUUACAAAAAACAUUAUUAUUAUUAUUAUUAUUAUUAUUAUUAUUAUUAUUAUUGUUCAUGUUUAAUUCAGUGAUAAAUUUAGACAGAAAUAAUAAAAUAAAAAUAACAUAUGCACAAUGUACAGCAUGCAUUCAAAAAUAAAGUACAGAAGCAAUAUAAUUUAGGAUUUUUUUGUUCCAAGAUGAAUACAUGUGCUUAUACUUUAAUAUUAUUGAGAUAAAUCUAUAAGAAUAAGCCAUACAGGCCAGUUUAUAUAUUAAUCCUGUCUACAUGUGUGUUAGGAAUUAUUUAAUGCAGAGAAAACCAGGGGUCAUGAUUAAGCUCAAGAUUUUACGCACGAGGGAAAAAAAAAAAGCUUUUUAUUUUAUUAUUUAUUUUUUAGUGCCGCAAUAUUAUUAUU